AUGUUUAUGUUCGACAAGCCCGUUGCUUCCGAAGCCGACACGUCCUUGGAACCGCAAGUGAUUGAUUUAAACACGUUCGAGUACCGUGACGUGUCUGCCCAAGCACCGACAGCCAGGAAGACUCGAUUCUGGUUCUGGCCAUUUGGCGGCAACAGAAGCGCCAAAGAAUCAAUUGCUGUGUCGGGUCCCGAAACUGUCGCCACCAAGGAAAAGCAACUCAAGAAAAUCAGUGACUCAACCAACAAGGUGAUUGCUAUGAGAAAGGUGCAUGACGACGGCGUUGAGUUGGAAGAUGAUUUCAUUGAUAUUCAAGUUCGCAAGCUUUCGUAUGCCGAGGUUGCCGCCCUCCAACUGAGGAAGGAUAGAGAACCACCAUCAGACUCUUCUAGAGACGCGUCUUUAGGUGUUCCCCGUAUCGAUCCUGUUGUCGACCAAGACUUGGAGCUAGAGAAGUCGAUCACUGAUGUUGAGUUUGCAGACAGCUAUUCCAAGUCAAAGAAGUUCUCAAUCGACGAGUUCAGCCGCACGGAAUCCACUCUGGCAGAGGAGGAUAAGAUCCUUGAGGAUUUCAACAAGAAACUUCCCAAAAGGUUUGCCAAAAAUGGCAAAUAUAUGAAGAAGAGAGACACCCCAGCAGCAAGAUAG